AUGAGUUGUGGUUCCCUUCUAUUAGCUAAUAAUGCUCUAAACUCUAAAGGGAGGUGGCUAACUGUGAUCGGAUUGCUCGGAAGGCAGCAUAAAUUCAAUUUUCCUUUUAAAUUACAACAAACUAGACUGUGCAUUACUGAAAUGGCUACUUUAGAGGACAAAAUAUUGGGAGAAAAACUUCAUAACUAUUGUAGCAGUAGCGAAGAUGAAGGAGGUUCCGAUGAUGAAGAUUGCCAAAGCUCAGAUGAGAAAGAAAAUUCUUUAAAAAGGUGCCAGGAGCCAUCGGAGCCACCUCCUGUUAAUAAUUGGAGCGGUUCCGCAACCAACACAGGCCCUAAAGGGGUUUUAGAAGAUUGGAGAAGAUUUAAAGAAUUAGAAGCACAGAACAGAGAAGAGUUAGCCAAAGAGCGCAUUGCUUUAGCUAAAAAGCUUACUAUGACGGUAAAAACAGUCCAAGAAGAGGAUAAAGAAAAAGAAAUCGAUGAAUUGGAAGAUGAAUUAGACGAAUUAAUUGAUGAAGGUUUUCUUAUGAAGUACCAACAACAAAGAAUGCAGGAACUCAUGGCGCAAUUACAGAAAGCGCCUAAAUUUGGCAAGCUUCAAACGCUGAAAAACCAAGAUGAUUUCUUGAGUGCUAUUGAUAAGGAAGACGUUAAAGUAACAGUGGUUAUACACAUAUAUGGACACAAUGUCAAAGCUUGUGAGAGCAUGGAUGGUUGUUUAAGUAUAUUGGCAUCAGAUUAUCCGGCAGUUAAAUUCUGUAGAAUAGCAGUUGAUGUAGCCGGUUUAAGUCGCCACUUUAGUGUUGAAGGUGUCCCAGCACUGCUUGUGUAUAAAGGUGGCCAAAUUAUUGGUAAUUUUGUUCAGUUAGCAAAAGAACUUGGGAAUGAUUUCUUUGCUACAAAUGUAGAAAAGUUUCUCAUAGAAUAUGGUAUGCUGCCUGAAAAUUAA